GCAUCUCCAGGCAAGUUCACAAUCCCAAAAAAGGCAGGAAGGUCGAAAACAAUUCGGAUCCAGGCACCAGGCAACCAUGUUCAUCUCUCCCCUCCAACGCUGCCUCUUCUACCUCUCCUGCAUCCUCUUUAAAAGCUGCUUGUCCUUCAAGAACGACGGCACGGAGAUCCUCUACUCCCAUGUAGAUAAACAUCUGCUGACCGCCGCCAACAGCAGCUCCAUCAACCAAGCCCGCAACGGGGGCAGACACCCCCUCAACUCGCCCGUGGACAGAACGAGCCAUAAUCAAGUUGGGUGCCGAGAACUAAGGUCCACCAAGUAUAUAUCGGAUGGUCAGUGCACUAGUUUGAGGCCAAUAAAGGAACUGGUUUGUGCUGGAGAGUGCCUUCCUCUUCCCAUUUUACCCAACUGGAUCGGAGGUGGAUACGGUCUCAAAUACUGGAGCCGCAGGAGCACCCAGGAAUGGCGUUGCGUCAACGACAAAACGCGGACCCAACGCAUACAGCUGCAGUGCGCGGAUGGCACCAGCAGAACCUACAAAGUGACAGUUGUUACUUCCUGCAAGUGCAAAAGAUACACCAGGCAACACAACGAGUCCAGCCACAACUACGAAGGCAACGUCAAACCCAUCCACCCCCACCAUCACGGCCACCACACCCGGGACAAAAAAAGACUGAGCAAAAUCAGCAGGCUUAUCUCAAGCUAGACUUGGGCCACCAAAGACUGUGACUUCAUUGUGGGCUUCGUUCCACUAGACUGAAUUGGAUACUUUUCUCCAAUGGAACUCUUGGGUCACUCUCUGACCGUUAAAGCUACGUUACUGAUAUACAGAUUUUUAUAUACUCUAAUUUCUUUUUGAAGGACUGAGAUUUUAUUUUUGAGAAAUUGGGGGGAACAAAAAAAUGCCAAAGCUUUAUGGCUAAAGCUGAUAACUGUGUCAAACGCGCUUCAACCAGAUUUUAAGAAAGUCAAAUGGUCUUAUUUAUCAUUGCAACACAAGGGUGAUGUUCUGAGUUCAGUGAUACGUUGGGGUUGAUUUUCAAAAACUGGAGAGUGCAAAAUCUGGUGCAGCUGUGCAUGGUAGCCAAUCAGCUUCUAACUUCAGCUUGUUCACU